AUGGUCGACCCAGUCUCGUACGUCAAGAUGUUCUUCCGCUCCGUCUUCUCGGUCUUUAGUCCAUCCACCUCGACCGUCUGGCAGAACAACAUCGCCUACUCGAUCACGCUGCACAAUCCGCGCGUGCUUCUUUACCGCGGCGCCGAGACCCAUGUCACCUUUUCGAUCUACGCUCAAGCGUACUCCGCCGACGCGCGCAAGCAGCUCGAGAGUCUCUCGUCGAGCGACCUGAGCUCCGUGGUCAAGGCGACCAAUGUGCAGCUGGUGCAGAAGGGAUGGAUUGCCGGUGCGGUCGGCUGGAAUGCUGCGGGCUACUUGGGGGUGCCGACCAAGAAAGGGUGGGAUGUGACGCCCGUGGGGCGGGCGGCGUGGAAGGACACGCAGGCCGAGGCGCAGGGCUUGUCGGCGAAGCAGCUGGAGGAUGAAGAUUACGGCGAGAAGCCGCUGCGCCGCUCAUACAGCCGCGACUCGAAGGACGAGGACGAGUACGAGAUGCAGCCUCUCAACAAGACUGCCACUCAGGACGAGGAGCUGAAGGAGACCCGACACAUUGCGCUCAAACGCAAAGAGAAAAUCGACAAGCAGAUCCGUGCCCAGUCGUCUAGCAUCGACACGGUCGACACGGCCUCGUCGUCCACCACGCGCGUCCUCGGCACGUUCAAGUGCCGCAUCCCUGUCUCCACCGGCGACGGCUACUUCCGCCUGUACGUCACGUUCCCCUCGCCCACGGCCUCACGCAGCACGCUCGGAAUCGGCAGCCCCACCUUCCGCCUGUUCUCCUUCUCGCUCACCUCGGCGUCCCCGCGAGGAGCCGCUCUGCUCCCCAUCCCCGUCAUCGUCCCCGAACUCGCACUGCGCUCCGUCUCGAUCGCCCUGACUACACUCGUGUACGGCCUGUUCCCCGUUGCCGCCAUCAUCGACAAGAUCCUGCCGCGCUGGAUGUCGAGGCGCUUCAUCAACUGGGUCUACACGCGCGUCGGCGCAAAGGGCAAGACCGAGCAGCUCAAGGAAAAGUACCAGGUGGACCGCAAGGUCGAGCAGGCCAGGGAGCAGGUCAAGCGCGUGCCGUUUGCAAGCGCGGGCAUCAGGACCGAGUGGGAUCUCGAAAGAGAUGCCAAGAGGGGCCGCGGAGGUUGGGCGUACCACUGGUGA